CGUUGUUCUUUCCCCUUUCCUUUCCCUCUCUCCCCUGUCAUCUCUCUCACAUUUCACUCUUCAAAUCUCCAGAUUUCAAGGGUUUAUCUCCGACGAUCUAUACAUACUCCUCUACGAGUGUGUGCGUAAAUUGAUCUCGAAAUUUGGGUUCGCUUCGAUCUCCGCUGUCGAGAGGGAGGAGACGAGGGGCCAUGUCGCUGAGGCCGAACGCGAGGACGGAGGUUCGCCGGAACCGGUACAAGGUUGCGGUGGAUGCGGAAGAGGGUCGCCGGAGGAGGGAGGAUAAUAUGGUGGAGAUCCGGAAGAACAAGCGCGAGGAGAGCUUGAUGAAGAAGCGCCGCGAAGGUAUGCAAGCACUUCAGGGCUUCCCUCCCGCCGCCGCCGCCGCCAUCGAGAAGAAGUUGGAGAGCUUGCCGGCUUUGGUUUCUGGGGUUUGGUCGGAUGACCGAACGUCGCAGCUAGAGUCCACUACUCAGUUCCGGAAGCUUCUGUCUAUUGAGAGAAGCCCUCCUAUCGAGGAAGUGAUACAAUCUGGAGUUGUGCCUCGGUUCGUUGAGUUUCUUAAAAAGGAGGAUUUCCCCCAGCUUCAGUUCGAAGCGGCUUGGGCACUUACAAACAUUGCAUCUGGAACAUCGGAGCACACGAAGGUAGUGAUUGAUCACGAGGCUGUUCCGAUCUUUGUCCAGCUUCUUGCUUCCCCUAGUGAUGAUGUCCGGGAGCAGGCGGUAUGGGCAUUGGGAAAUGUUGCUGGUGAUUCUCCGCAGUGCCGUGAUCUUGUUCUCAGAUGUGGGGCACUGAUGCCAUUGCUGGCUCAGAUGAAUGAGCAUGCCAAGUUGUCCAUGCUGAGAAAUGCCACCUGGACUUUGUCGAACUUCUGUCGUGGCAAGCCUCAGCCUCAGUUUGAUCAGGUGAAACCUGCACUUCCAGCCCUUGAACGCCUUAUUCAUUCGAAUGAUGAGGAGGUCUUGACAGAUUCCUGUUGGGCACUCUCGUACCUUUCUGAUGGUACAAAUGACAAGAUUCAAGCUGUAAUCGAGGCUAAUGUCGUCCCAAGACUUGUUGAGCUUCUACUUCACCCUUCUCCAUCUGUGCUCAUUCCUGCACUUCGUACCAUUGGAAAUAUAGUUACAGGAGAUGAUUUACAGACCCAGUGGGUAAUCAGUAGUGGCGCUCUCCCUUGCUUGGCUAACCUGCUUACGGAAAACUCUAAGAAAAGCAUAAAGAAAGAAGCUUGCUGGACCAUUUCAAACAUCACAGCUGGCAACAAGGAACAGAUUCAGGCAGUAAUCCAGGCUGGUUUAGUUGCUCCCUUGGUCAACCUCCUUCAAAAUGCCGAGUUUGACAUAAAGAAAGAAGCAGCUUGGGCAAUUUCAAAUGCCACCUCAGGUGGUUCUCAUGAUCAAAUCAAAUACUUGGUGGAGCAAGGAUGCAUAAAACCAUUGUGUGAUCUCCUGGUAUGCCCAGAUCCAAGAAUCGUCACUGUCUGUCUGGAAGGACUGGAAAACAUUUUGAAGGUUGGAGAGACAGAGAAGAACUCGGGUCGCGUGAACUAUUACACCCAGCUUAUCGAUGAUGCUGAGGGACUGGAAAAGAUCGAGAACUUGCAGAGCCAUGACAACAAUGAGAUCUACGAGAAGGCAGUCAAGAUCCUCGAGACAUACUGGGUCGAAGAAGAGGAGGAUACAGUACCUCCGGGAGAUGGGUCUCAACCGGGAUUCGAGUUUGGGGGAAACCAAGUUCAUAUUCCAUCGGGUGGAUUCAACUUUGGCUGAAGGUUAAAAAAACCCUCCAGCUACAGAACCUCCAGACAUGAAACUAGGUGAUUAAUCCGACAAAAACUGCAGGGAAUUUUUGAAGGUUUGGUUUUGAUGGGAGGUUAAUGUGAAAGGACAGAGUCAGAGUCGGGUAGGUUGAAUCUUGAAGAGGACAGAGCCGAAGAGAAGAAAGCUUUCGAGGUAUGGAAGCUUGAAAUCCCUUUCCCACCAUAUGUGCACUCCAUCCCUGAGGCUAUCUUUCUAUUUCAAGAUUUAUUUGUUUCUGUUUCCUUUUUUUAGAUUUUGGGGUUAUGUAUACUGAAGAGUCUUCUUGUGUUCAUGUGCGGUGGUGGGUUUUGUUUUGUACGAUGGUAAGUUGGUAACCUAUACACAGUAUCUGUCUUUGUUCCAAAAUCUGGUUGGGCAUGAACGCAUAAGCAACUUCAAUAUAUGUAUAUAUGUGUGUAUAACUUUCAUAGA